ACGCCUAUCUCAGUGCGCGUGAGUGAUGCUGCACCUAUAGGCGCACUUUCAACCUCCUUCUCCGUUGGGGAACGCAAGCACUGACAGUCCACAACUCUAUGUUUUCUCCAAAUAGAUAUUUCGCUCUCCUUGUCCCUCUGGCAAACUAGUGGAUGUCAUUAAAUGACGUGUCAGAGGAUGUUUUCAGUGAAGUUAAGCAAACGCACUUGACGCACAGAGAGGGAACAAAACAACUUCACUAAAACUGUUUCUGGGCGCACGAGGAGAGUUCCCAGGUUUUCUAAUGAUGACUGUGUCACUGAAUUGAAAUAAGAAGUAUUGCAAAGCCAUUUGGAGCACCGCCAUCUCUCCGCGCGUGGGAUUCAAAGAGUAUCAUCCGAGCGCGAGACAUCCGAGGAGGAAUUACAUCUUCUCUUCUGAAAAGUCGUUCACACACGUUUUUCGCUCUUCGCGCGCGGACCUUGGACUUUUGCAUGGACAUGGAUCGUUUACUUUAGUUGGAUAACGACCGGUCAGAACGUUGAGCUGUUUGAUUCUGGGAUUCUGCUUCAUGGCACUUCAUCUCCUCCAGCAAUGAUGCCGCUACGUGACGGGAAUUGAGAGUUCGCUCCAUAUUCACAGAGAAAUCCGAGACUUGCAGAUCUUUGAAGUGAGAGUGUACCACCUACUCUGAGUAUGGACUUGGCAAUUGAGGCUCAUGUUCUGGUGGUUUUACUCACCUGCCUGUUCUUGAUGAGCCGGGCUCAAGAGAAGGACUACACGGUAAAAGAGGAGCAGCCCGAGAAUGUGCGCAUCGGAAACCUGCGCAAAGACCUAAACUUGAACCUAGACCCGAACGUUAAACUGUCAUCUGCGCUGCAGUUUAAACCCGUCUACAAGACGGGCGACGUGCCUUUGGUGAAAGUAGAAGCCAGCACGGGAGAGAUUUUCACCACAGCCAACCGCAUUGACCGCGAGAAGCUCUGCUCUGGAGUCUUCAACGAGAAGCGCUGCUUUUACGAGAUCGAGGUCGCCGUGCUACCCGACGAGAUUUUUCGUCUGGUGAAGAUCCGCUUCCUCAUCGAAGACAUCAAUGACAACGCCCCGCUGUUCCAGUCUACGGUCAUCAACAUCUCCAUUCCUGAGAACACGGCCAUCAACAGCCGCUAUCCCGUCCCCUCUGCGUUUGACCCUGAUAUAGGAAUCAAUGGGAUCCAACACUAUGAGCUUGUCAAGAGCGUAAGUGAAUUCGGUCUGGACAUCAUCGAGACCCCAGAGGGAGACAAAUGGCCCCAACUCAUAGUCCAGCAGAGCCUAGAUCGAGAGUCGAAGGACACCUUUGUGAUGAAAAUUAAAGUAGAGGAUGGUGGCACCCCUCCAAAGUCCAGCACUGCCAUUCUGCAGGUCACCGUCUCGGAUGUGAAUGACAAUCGCCCGGUAUUCAAGGACAGUGAAGUGGAGGUGAAUGUUCCCGAGAAUGCCCCAAUGGGAACAUCUGUCACUCACCUUCACGCCUCAGAUGCUGAUCUAGGAUCCAAUGCUCAGAUUCACUUCUCCUUCAGCAACCAAAUCUCCCCUGCCACCAAACGACAUUUCGCUAUUGACAGCACAACUGGACUGAUUACUGUCAAACAGCCUUUGGACAGGGAAGUCAACCCCGUCCACAAGCUUAUAGUGCUGGCCAGUGACGGAAGCUCUACCCCUUCAAGGGCUACAGUUAUAGUCAAUGUAACAGACGUUAAUGACAACGUCCCCUCUAUAGAUACACGUUACAUAAUGAAUCUUGUUAAUGGCACUGUGCUGUUGUCUGAAAAUGCCCCGCUGAACACAAAAAUAGCCCUGAUUACUGUGACGGAUAGAGAUGCUGACCUGAACGGGAAAGUGACCUGCUACACGGAUCACGACGUACCUUUCAGGUUAAAGCCGGUCUUCAACGACCAGUUCUUGCUGGAAACUGCCGCGCUCUUAGAUUACGAGACCACUCGUGAGUAUGCAAUAAGGAUAGUCGCAUCUGAUUCUGGAAAACCUCCUUUGAACACUUCGGCGAUGGUUCUUAUUAAAAUCAAGGAUGAGAAUGAUAACACCCCCAUUUUCCCACAGCCGGAAAUCCAGCUCUCCAUUCCGGAAAACAAUGACCCUGGAACGCAGCUGAUAAAAAUCAGUGCCACAGAUGCAGACAGCGGUUCGAAUGCUCUUAUUAUUUACAGUCUCGGCCCAGAUGCCCCGGAUGGGUUUAACGUAGAUGCGCGGUCAGGAAUCCUUUCUGUUAUCAAAAGGCUAGAUAGAGAGAAGCAUGAGAAGUAUUCAUUCACAGUUAUUGCCAGGGAUAACGGUUCUACCCCUCUUCAAAGCAACGUCACAGUAAAGCUUAUAGUCCAGGACCAGAAUGACAACAGUCCAGCUUUUACCCAUCCCGAGUACAACUUCUAUGUCCCUGAGAAUCUGCCUUUGUACGGGACAGUGGGGUUGAUCACAGUGACAGAUGCGGACGCUGGUGACAACGCAGUCGUCACCCUCUCAAUUAUUAACGGGAAGGACAAUUUUAUCAUCGACCCCAAAACCGGGGUGAUCAAACCAAACAUCACAUUCGACAGGGAGCAACAGAGUUCAUACACUUUUGUCGUCAAGGCUGUGGAUGCGGGCGCAAUGCAAACCACCUCAUAUGCCAAGGUCACCAUAAAUGUUGUUGAUGUAAAUGACAAUCGUCCGGUGUUCGUCAUCCCUUCCUCGAACUACUCCUAUGAUCUGGUUCCUUCAACCACCAGCCCUGGGUCUGUGGUGACAAGAGUGUUUGCUAUUGACAAUGACACCGGAAUGAAUGCCGAGCUGCAGUAUAGUAUCAUUGGAGGCUCGCCGAGAGGAUUGUUCGCCAUUGACAAAAUGACAGGCAACAUUACUCUGCAGGAGAAGAUAGUAAUGGUAGACCAAGGUCUCCAUAGACUGGUGGUAAAGGUCAAAGAUUUGGGACAGCCGGAGUCUUUAUAUGCAAUUGCUCUUGUUCAUUUGUUUGUGAAUGAUACUGUCUCAAAUGCUACGUUCAUUCAGGAGCAGCUACGCAAGAGCUUGGAGACCCCAUUGGACCGUAAUGUUGGUGACAACGAUGUGAUACCUCAAACCAACGGUUAUGUAAUUGUCGUCAUUGCUAUCAUCGCUGGGACUAUGACAGUCAUCUUGGUUAUUUUUGUCACCGCCCUGGUGCGCUGUCGACAGACGCCAAGGCAUAAAGUCGUCCAAAAGAGCAAGCAGAGCGGCGAGUGGGUGUCGCCCAACCAGGAGGGCCGUCAAAUUAAAAAGAAAAAGAAGAAGAAGAAGAGGUCGCCAAAAAGUUUGCUGCUUAAUUUCGUCACCAUAGAGGAACCCAAGAGUGACGACCCCACCCACGAGCACAUCAACGGCACCUUAGACCUCCCCGUCGAACUUGAGGAGCAGACGAUGGGAAAGUACAACUGGGCGACCACACCAACUACCUUCAAACCCGACAGCCCCGACUUGGCCAAGCACUACAAGUCGGCGUCUCCUCAGCCAACAUUCCAGAUCAAACCAGAGACCCCCGUGGCUCCCAAGAAGCACCACGUCAUUCAAGAACUCCCGCUGGACAACACGUUCGUGGUGGGCUGCGACUCGCUCUCCAAAUGUUCCUCCAGCAGCUCUGACCCCUACAGCGUUUCAGAGUGCAGCUGUCAAGGGGGCUUCAAGGCACCUGGGCAAAUCCACACCAGACAGAACCAAAGCCAGACGCCAGAUAAAACAUUCGCUGUUGUCUCAGCCAGCUGCCCCCAUAAGCAAACGCAACGCCGUGUGACCUUUCACCUCCCAGACGGAUCUCAGACGGAGAGCUGCGGCGACAGUGGGCUGGGAGAGCAGGAGUCCAUCAGCGGGGCCAGCACCACCCAUCCUCUGCCUCUGGGCUUCCUUCAGGAAGAGUACUAUGAACAGACCUCACCAAACAGCCGCACCGAGGGCGAUGGGAACUCCGACCCAGAGUCCACUAUAGAAAUAAACCUGCAGAAGGCUUUGGCUGAGGCCUCAGAGACCUGCACCCAGGAAUGUCUGAUCCUGGGUCAUUCUGACAGUUGCUGGAUGCCUCCAGCGUUGACCCAGUUCCAGACGUCAGGUGCCGCCACUCUGCCCUCCUUCGGUUUUCAGCAAAGCUGGAUGCGGGGGACCAAGGCAGAUGGGCGUCACACCCUCGGCAGGUCAGUGCCCAAAGAUGAUCUGGACAAAGGGAGCAACCGGCCCCACUUCUACCACACACUUGAGAGACACUGUAGCAAGAAAGAAGAUCCCGUCAAGGUCAUCCCUCUAGCCAGCUUUUCAGCCACGUCCAGUCCCCAGACGUCCAUGAGCGCUGGUUCCUCCGUCUUCCUGAGUGAGCAUCAGCUGUAGAAGCGCCACACCGGCCCUCGGAACGAGGCCUCAGAGCACGGCUGAAACAGAAUAGCUGACGGAUUCUGACGAUUAUUAGCAUAUGUCACCUUUUACGACAGCUGAGACGUGAUGUUUUUUUAAAUGUGGGAUUAAAGGAGGUUUAGAGCGAAGGACAGAAGCAUCCUCUAUGAAAUGGAGUACAUAUAAAGUAGACAAACGGUAGAUCUAGACCAAAGUAGCUCUUCAAGUAAAAAAAAUAAACAAAAAAGAGAGUAAAAAAAAGAUGUGUGUCUGUUUGUUAGUAACAGAUUAGUGGCAAAUGAAUUAAGCUUUGUUGUGGAUCAAAAGGGAUGAUAUAUACAUAAUGAUUUUAUUGCCGCCUCUUAAAUGCAACUUGACAUAGUGAAUUACUACUAAGUGUAUGCUAUUGAAAGAAAGCAUUGUAUUCGUUUACAUGCACACCAAUAUUCCUAAUUAUGCAUUUUUUAUUAAGAAAAAUAAACAAAUUCAAGCACAAGUUCUGUUUAGUUUAUAAAAAAACAACGUGUGGAUAAUGCACAUUAUCUGCAAACGGUUUUAAUUGGCGCUCACUUACCGCCAUGUUUUCUCUGUGAAUUCAUACACACUCGUAAACCGAACAAUAAAAGUUAAUUCCCAGUAAAACUUCGACUCUGGGUUAAGAACCACAUGCGGAAUAUUAUGAUGCAUGUAAACGCAGUCAAUAAGGUUAAGUGUUAUGUGUGAACGCUGGGUGACUGCGAUAUUUCUUUGGCUUCGGUGAGGUGCAGCUGAGUUUCCGCCCAAGUCACUUUUAUUCCUGGUGAUUGUUCCUGUCCCCUGAGUGUGCCGCUUUCACUGUCAAGAGUACCGCUAAGCCUCUCUGUAAAAAUUAGCCUUGCUCUGUGUUAACACGUAGAAACUUUUAUAUAUUCGUUGGCGUUUUUCUCCCUCAUGAGCUCAGAGCUACCCUCUGAAGUUCAGUUUGUUGGUAGCUCCCACAUAUCUGACACCCUUUGUCUCCCAUAAUAAGCAACCCACUUAUUUUCAACAUUAUCUCAUUAGCUGAGCCUGGGAAGGCGCGGACGGCUAAAAAGACACCCUUUGUUUUUUUUUCUCCCCUAUAUCAACCUUUCUUAUUCAUAUAUAUAAAAUGUUUGCGCCGUUAUAAGUGCUAUGGAACCAAUUACGAGAAUCUCCCAAUAGUAUAAUUACUUUGAUCAGUAAUCACCGUACAGGCUAUGGAAGCAGACUACCGUUUUAUAAUAGUAUAAUUGGACACCUUUGUGUGCGGACGUGCGUGUGCUCGCGUGCUUGUGACCUAAAUGGUGCAUACUAAAAACUCAUGAAAAGCGCAAGCAUUAAUAUGAUUUCUAUAUAAUGAUGUCAAAGAUACAGCCUUAAGAUUUAGAUGUGCAUUGUGUGGAUGUCGACUAACUGAUGUAAAAAUCAUGCCGCAUUAUAGUCAAAAGCGUAUUCAAACACAACUCCCACCAAUACGUUAUUCAACAAAGAGCCCGUGCUGGUUGAAAAACCAGCGUGAAAUUUUUAUUCAGCAACACUUUUCCUUAGUAUAUACUGAUGACACAGAAAUAUUUGGGUCAGUGAUCCAAAAAAUUACUUCACUGUAAGAUAGUGAACGAUGCAGUGGCAGGAAGUUUGCUUGCGGUGCGCCACAGCGCGACGUGUUGCUCUUUGAUGCGAGAGAACUGACAAUCACCCCGGCAGAUGUUCCCUCAACAACAGUAGCUUAUAAAAUCUGUCAGACAUUCUUGAUUAAGAGGAAUAAUUGCAGUGCGGAACUCUAUCAAGGGAUGCAGACUGUGCCCCGGUCGUAUACUUGAAAGACUCACUCGUCUGCUAGCUGUGACAGUAUCGUUCGGACAAGAUUAUUGAGUGACAGUGAAAAGACGACCUCGCUCUUCUAAUCUAUAGAUCACCGAACCGUGAAAGACAAGGUCCGAAAUACUAACGUCGGCCUUGGCGUCCGUGCUGCACACCACAGCUUGAAAAUCUCUUUCAAAACAAACGGAUGAAAGGUAUUUUGGAGCUCCCCAUAAGUAACGAGAGUGAAUGUUGAAGAACAGAGCAAAACUUAUGAAAUAAGUCAUUCUGUUUGUGUAUUCCCUUUAUAUUCUCGAAGAUAGACGCACUUGAAAAUAAACAUUUACUGAAGUCAGAAAUGGACACUUUGGAAUAGUGGAGCAGCUACAUUAGUGCCAAAGCUUUACAGAGAGAAAAGACAAAAAGAUGUGUGUGUGUGUGUUAGGAAAGAAAACAAGACUGUUUGUGAUAAAUAAAUGCAUAAAAGGUCUCAAUAUGCAUGAUUAAUCUGCCCCCUAGCACUUUUGUACUUUUCUAAAAACUUUCUUUCCCAAUCUACAAUGUAAACAACCUUGAUAAUGAGGUGUUUCUUUUCCUCUGAUAUUUUUGAUAUCUUUGAUUUAGUGACGUUGGAUUGCUGGAAAAUACGAUGACAGAUCCUCUCAGUAUCUUCAUUUGCAUGUGGUUCUAGUUGACCUCUGCUGGCUGCUCGUGUUGCGUGCCGCUCCAGUCCCGCUCUGACACUAAUCUGCAGCUCCGUGCUGUCACGCGGUCAUCUCCCUUGGGUCAUGUUAUACUUUGGAACUUGCGCCGACAGGAAUGAAGGAUCAUAAUGGCAACACUCUUUCAGCACGUCUACGCGCAAAUCAAACCGGUUCAUUACCAUAAAAAACAAGGAAAGGUUAAAGUGUACAUAGAUAUACUUAACAGUAACCCCGGGACAUGAAUUUUAACACACCAUAUAUGUAAACAAAAGGAAAUGUGGUUUCUACUUACUGAAAAUAGUCCAAUUUAUUGAUAAAACGACAACCGUGACAAAAUGUACAGUAUGAAAAAUGAGAGGACAAUCUCUGUUGUGAUCUAUUUAAAACAUAUGCAUACUGUAUAUUAUUCUAUGUGUGAGCGUGUGUUUUUGUGUGUGUGUGCAUGUAUGUAUACCGGCACGGAGCUGGCCAUGAACAUACUACGUAUCUUGUAUAGACUUUGAAAAGAAUAUAAAACUGCUGAUACUGUAUAUGAAAUCUGCUUGUAAUUUAAAGAUCAUUUGUUGUAUUUCAUGGUUUCUUUACUGGAGGUGAGUUUUCACGUGCCGGCGGUUAAGCACUGAUGAACGGUUCGAGUACUGUAUAUCUUGACAUACCCCUGUAAGAUAAUCAAAAAUCAAAGAAAAAAGGCUCAUUUACAUUUGAUGUAAUGGUUUUCUUGUCUUGA